AGGCACCGAAGAGCCUCACUGAAGAGCGAGUCAAGAAAAGGCCCCACCCAGGAAAUCUAAUUUCACAUUUCAGCGGUGGAAAACCUUGUUUGUACAGGGUGCUGGUGAGCGACGGCCUUGAUCCUUGGAACCAUGUAUACAGCAAACCCCAAAAGCGGCUCUCCCUUUGAUGCUUCAGCGAAAGAACCUGGUCUGCACAUCUGGCGCGUGGAGAAAAUGAAGCCAGUUUCUGUUCCAGAUCAGAUGAAAGGCAUAUUCUAUUCUGGGGAUUCAUACCUCAUCCUCUAUAAUGGACCUGACGAGCAUUCCAAUCUGCAUAUUUGGAUUGGUCAAAACUCAUCCAGGGAUGAGCAGGGAGCGUGUGCUUUGCUCUCCACUCACCUGAACUCCAUCCCGAAAGAGAAACCAAUCCAAUAUCGGGAAGCCCAGGGGAAUGAAUCAGAUGUCUUCGUGGAGUACUUUCCCCGUGGCAUCAAAUACCAGGAAGGUGGUGUGGAGUCAGCCUUUACCAGAACCCAGGCCAACCAUGAGCAAAGCCCCAAGCACCAACUCUAUCAAGUGAAAGGAAAAAAGAAUAUCCGGGCUAUGGAAAGGGAACUGAGCUGGACCAGUUUUAAUACAGGUGACUGCUUCAUCCUGGACCUGGGAGAGAAAAUCUUUACCUGGUAUGGGGGAAAGUCAAACAUUCUGGAGCGCAACAAGGCCCGGGAUUUUGCCACAGCAAUCCGAGACAGUGAGAGAAAGGGGAAAGCCAGAGUAGAGAUUGUUGAGGAUGGGGAAGAACCAGCUGAGAUGACAGCGGUACUGGGUCCUAAGCCAGCUCUGAAAGAAGGCACUGCUGAGGAAGAUAUUGUGGCUGAUCAGAAGAAUGCUAUUGCAGCAGUAUUGUAUAAGGUCUCUGACAUGACUGGGAAAAUGAGUCUGACUAAAGUCUCAGAAUCCAGUCCAUUCCACCAGGACCAGCUUAUCACAGAUGACUGUUUCAUUCUGGACAACGGGCAAUAUGGGAAGAUCUUUGUUUGGAAAGGCCUCAGAGCAAAUGAACAAGAACAACAAGCAGCAUUGAGAGUAGCAGAGAACUUCAUCUCACAAAUGAAAUAUCCCCAGAACACUCAGGUACAGAUCCUGCCUCAAGGCCGUGAAAGUCUGCUCUUCAAACAAUUCUUCACAAACUGGAAGUGAAAGCUAGUGUCUCCCCCUAUGCUGGCAAUAUUUUGUGACUGUGCCUUUCUGCCACAUCAACCCCUUCAAGCCUUAUUAAAUUGGAGCCACUGUGUCCUCCUUUCAGUCUGUUUUUGACCAGCCCAAC